AUGUUUCCUUUCUCUAUUAAUGGGAUGUAUAGCUUCUUUUCCCCUUUUUUAAAUACACAUUUUCUAACAAAACCAAAUCAUCGUCCGAUAAGGGCGAAGGCGCUGACAAAGGACAGUAUAGUUCUCCUGCUUGAUAUGAUUUCCAAGCACAAUGUAAUCACCUCAAAAUCGACAAAUGCCACCAACAACAAGUUGAAAGAGGAAGCUUGGAAAUCGAUUGCGCAGGAGCUUAGCGCUUUGACGGGAGAAAUACGGCGUCCUGAGCAACUACGUCUAAAAUGGGAGAAUUUGAAAAAAGCUGCAAGAAAGCGUAGUGCAUUAAUUAGACAAAACAACCUUAAGACAGGAGGUGGGAAGGCCUUCAUUCCCCCAGAUGAAGUUUUGGAACGUGUAGCAUCUAUUUUAGGUGCUACAUGUACAGGCUUAUCUGUGGUGUUCGGUGGCGAUGGUGAGAAUGAAUCUGUUGCCCUGUCAGAAGCUGUUGUGGAAGUCCAAGACUUGCAGCCACUACCAGAACUCCCUCAGGACAGUACUUUUGUGGUAUUGGGUGCUGAUGGUAGUUUAGAGGCAGGUGGUGGAAGUGAGGCAUAUUUAACACCCAAGAAAUUUAUUUUCAAUACGCCAAGUAAAGGCUCAAAGUGGUGA